AUGACUCAGGUCCUUAAUUUAUCAGCAGAUCAAAGUCAAUUGUUAUCUCCAGUGUCAUUUUUGGGUCAAAGUAUGUGCUUUUUAGAUGUAAGCACCACUUACCGCUCUGGAGGUAUGGGCAGAGCUCCAUCCGCCCCUGUAACAGGAAAGAAAAUACAAUCACAGAAUAAUAUUUCACGGCCUGAUAAUGACAACAAUCCCAGGUUUCCUGUGCCUGUCCAAAUCUAUACGAAAGCAAAAAGAACUGCAAAAUCAGCAGAAAGGAAAUUAGCAGAUAUUUCAAAUCUUCCUUCACGUCCCAAGUCAAACUUAAAAACUGAGAAAAAACCGGUAAAAAAUCCGCCAAAGCCUCCUAUUCAUCCUUCAAAAAUAAAUCCAAAAAACCUAAAGGACUUUACUCAUCCUAAAAAAUCUCCCAAAAAAUCAAGCACACCGAAGAAGACACCUAAAAAAGCAGAAAUAAACAAAGCCGUAAAUAAAUCCUUUUCUGUGCAGAUCAAGCAAGAGUAUAAGAACGAAAACUCUUUUAUUAUUCAAGAAAAAUCAGAAAAACCCAGAAAUUCUUCAAAAGUCAAAGAAAUCGUAAAACAAACUUUGAAGAAAGAAAAAAUCAAGAAGGUGAAAAAAGAAAAAGAGGAAAAAGAAAUGAAAGAAAUGCUGGAGAGAAAGAAAAAAGAUAUACAAAAUCAGAAUUAUCAGAUAAGAUAUGAAAAUUCAAUUAGAUUUAGAAAAGAAAAAUUUAAACCAAAAAUAGCUUGGGGAGCAAAUGAAAAAAAAAUUUUGGGAACUGGCAUGACCAAGCUGCAAAGAGAAAUUGCAGAGCAAAGAAAGCAAGUUAGAGAGCAACGAGAAAGAGCAAAAUCAGCUGGAAGAGCUAGAAUAGGGCUUGAUACUUUGACAGAGCUACAAAUUGAAUUAGGCUACCAGCCAAGAAGUCUUAGUGUCAGUCAAGAGAUCAUCCAAAUGAACAAUAAGCCUGAUAGAAAGCCAAAUAUUCAUAUAAAAGAAUAUAUCAAAACUCAAAAGAAAACUCGAAAAGAAUUCAAAGAAAUAGAAAAAUACCACCAUCAAGCUGAAGAAGUCAAACGUAUCAAUCAGCUUAAGCAGCUUGAUAUAUAUAGCAAAUUCAAUAUAAACAAAUUUCAAAAGAAAAAGAAAAAAGCUCUGAAACAUAAGAAAAGAACACCAAAGAAAAGCUACGACGAAAAUAUUGAAGAAACGUCAAAAAGUGACUCAGAAAUAAAAACGUCAGAAAAGCACCAAAUUCAUCAAUUUGUGUAUGACAUAACAGAAAACUCAGAAGACGAGCACUUAGAUCAGUCAGAUAACGUCACUUUCUCUAUGUAUGAUCAUGAAAACUCAGCAGAACACACAAUAAAGAGCGACAAUGAAAGCUAUAGUCUUAAUGGCAGUCACAAGUCUAAUAAAAUUCCUAAUAAAAAUUUCGAGUUCAUUCAUAGUGGCAGUGAAGGAAGCUUUGAUUUCCAAGACUCAGACAAAUUAAAAUCAAGCGUAGAGCUAAAGAAAGAAGAUAUCAAAAAGCGUAUGCUUGAUUUAAAGCUCCGAAUAGGAAAAGUCAAAGACAACCUCAGAGAGCCAUCACCAGAAACAAUUAAUAAAGCGGUCGUUAAAAUACAGUCCCAUAUAAGGCGAUUUCUAGUCCAAAGAAGACUAUUGAAAGACAUCAAUGACUUUUCAGACGAAGACAAAGAAGUCCAAAAUAUUCUAACUUCCCCCUCCGUGAGUGGACGAAAAAAUUUUGUUCACUCACGGAGGGGGGUUAAUUUUUUUUUUUAAAAAAAUUUAUAUAUAAAUUUUAUAAUAAAUAUUUUUUUUUCGAAAUUUAAAAAAAAAUCCUAAUUCGCGAAAAUUGGAAUUCAAAUAUUAAUUUAAUUAUAUAAAAUUUAUGUUUUAAAAAGCAAUUUGUUUAAAAUUAAACAGAAUUAGCACUAGAUUUCAUUAUGCUAACUAUCACUUAUAUAUCAAAAUUUUUUUCCAUAAAAAAAUUUUUCUAUAAAACAAUUUUUGUUCAUUCACGGAGGGUGGGUUUUUGAGCAAAAAAUAGCGAUUUUUCUAAUGGUUUUGUUCACUCACAGAGGGGGGGGGGAGUAAGGCUAUCUCAGGAGCCGAAACAAAGGAAAAAAGAGCUUGCCAUAGAAAUUGAUGAAGACUAUGAUGUAACUUCAGAAGAAGAGCAAGAACCAUUAGAAAAUGAAGAAGAAAUCUUGCAAAUGCCGACAUCAAAAUUAAAUACCGUAGAACUAGAAGGGAGGCUGAAUGAUGAGCUGAAAAAUCUGGAAGAUGUAAAGCAAAAAGGAAAAGAGUAUAGAGAAGUCCUUAAAGAGCAGCUUAUAUGGCAAGAAUCACAAAUGCAGAACUUAGAAUUCCUGAAGCAAAAAGAACUAAAAGAGCUAAAAGAAAUCACACAGAAGUUAGGUCAAGGAAAAGAGCUCGAAGGAAUGCUGGCUGGGAUCAUUGAAAGCCGCUAUACACAUUUAGCAAGUUUAUUGGUAGAGAAUAUAGAAAACGUCCAAGAGGUGCUUGUAAAAGAUUUAGAUGAAACAGGAAGAAAAGAGCUGGAAGAUGAGCUAGAAGAAAGAAUGAACCAGUACUCAGAAAACGAGUUAUUCUUUGAAGACCAACGAAGUGAAUCUGAAGAAGAUAACACUUUUGUAGGAAUUGACUCAGGAAAAAUUGAUAGAUUUAUUAAAAAUGAUCCACUGAAUCCUCGACCUGGAUAUUAUGGCCGUGGACUAGACACUGAUAGCUUAAAGCCUGGAGAGCUUGAGCAGAUCAUGAAAGAUAUCAAAAGUGGCGCUAUUGAUUCUGAGGAAAGCGAAGAAGAUAGGCCAAAGACUUAUGAAGUCCAUAAUGAAAACCAAUUAAAGCAAAUUAGUGAAGAGAAAAAAGAAGAAGCUACAUUUGAAGCUGAGCCAGAAGAAACUGAGGAGCCUGCAGGAAUAGAGCAGGAUCACCAUGAUUCGUAUAACCAAAGUCCAAACCCCAGCGACCAAAGCCCUCAAGUAAGCAUUAGAACUUAUGAAUCCCCUGAGUCUGUUAAAUCUGAAAAGCUAGAAGAAAGCUCAAGCAGCGAGAUGAUAAAAAACGUGAUAAAUAAAGAAUCAUUCAAAAAGUUCGAAAGGGACUUUUUCGCUAAUUUAAAAAACCAAGAUGACUUUACACCAGACUCCAACUCCCCCCACUUUGAAGAAUCUGAUAAGCCAGAAUCCCCUGAUUUCCAUAAUAGUACCCCAGAAAAAAUAAAAACAGAUAGGUCAGACCCCGAUAUUUUAAUUGAUCUUGAAAGCUACAAUGGGUCACACUCCAGUACAGAGUCUCACAAUGAAAUUGUUUCUGACCUUGAGCAGCAUUUAUCAGAGCCAGAAAGUUCAAUUGAAGUAGAAAAUAAAAAUUUUUAUCAGCUGCGUCCACAAAUCAGUGUCCCUCAUCUUGAUAUUCCGAAAAAUGAAGAAAAUAACUCAGGUGCUUCUUCAGCUGAAAUGAAACAAAUUUCGCCCUUUGCAGGCUUUGCAGCAGAUUUUAUACAGAAAAAAAAGUUUAACCAAGAGUCGCCACCAGUUUCUUCUUCAUCACGAGGACAUAUUUAUAUUGAUGAAGGUAAGUCGCCUGAAUUUAAUUCACCAAGAAAUGAGGACUCAUUUAUCAAUGAAAGGCUCAAUGUAAGCUCUCCUGAUGUGCCUUCAAGGACUCCAGAUAACAUUCCUGAUCGGCCUUCAGCACCUUUCCAAGAGCUUGACAGUGAAGAAGAAAAAACGCCAACCCACAUGCCACUGCCUAGUUUUGGUAAUGAAGAAUUAAAUUGGAAGCCUAAAAAAAUUGAUGCAAAGUCUUAUGAUUCCAUGACUCCUGAGCUAGUUAAUUCAAUAAGUGAAGAAAUUCUUAAAAGUUUGCUGUCAGAGGACAUUUUGCCUCGUUCUUCUCCUAAGUCAUCUUUGCCUUUAAUGCCAAUAUUAGAUUUGAAGAACUUAUCAGGGAAAAACGAGAUCACAAGCAGCCUAUCUGCUGAGCCAAUCAUACAAACUGACCACCGAGCUGUCAGAAAAUACGCAGACGAGGUUUUUGAGACUGCAAUUAAAAACAUCGAUGAAGUCUACCAGAACUUAAAGAAGCCACUCAGAAGGAAUCCUUUAGACAUGCUUGCAAAAAUGCAAGAAACUGAAAUCGGGACCCCAGUGGAAAAUGAAUUUUUAACUUACCCUCCAAUUUUGAGUCUAAAACUCUAUUUAAGCUUGGAGCAUCCCAAAGAGAUAGAAAGCUCGAGAAAGAACUUGUCGCCCAACACGAUCCAAUUAAUGUCAGAAGCUGAGCACAUUCACAAUAAAAUGAUUUUUGAUGCAAUAAAUGAAGGACUGCAAAAAUACAGACCAUAUAGCCUCAAAGGAGUCCCAAUGCCCUGGAGCAAUUCUAUUAGGUAUUUAUCUAAUGAAACUAUGGACCCUAACAAAGCAAUCCAAGAAGUAAAAGAAGAAGUUGAAAGCUGAAGCAUGACCCAAGCAGGAAAAAUGCCGACUGGAGAUAUGGUGUUGUCUAGCGGAAUUGUAGAUGAAGAAUACAUGCAGCAAGUAAGGGAAGAAAGGCUUGCCAGCAUGCUUGCAGAAGAAGUCCUUGAAAGAGACGAGGUUUGGGUCGAUUAUGAAUUUGAAGAAACCCAGGCGAAGCUUGAUUUAGCAGAUAUGAUUUUGGAAGGGUUGGUCAUUGAAACAAUUGAUAUUUUGAAGUCUUGUUAA